AUGAAUUCCGUUUACUCUGGCAAUCGACGCUUCGCUGCUUUGCAAAGGCAACAUAAAUCUCUUGACGGAAUGCAACUGGACGAGUACGAAACAAAUGAAGUUCGACCUCUUAUGCCUUUGGACAUUUCUGCGGCAAAUAAGGAUAUGAUGUCAUCUCAGUAUUCUGGACCAUCGUUGUCUAAUCCAAUAACAACAAAUGCAUAUUUUUGGAAGCAGCCAGCAAACAUCUAUUCGUAUAAUGGCGACACUUAUGGACCGUCGGAGACGCAGUCUGUUCGCGCUUAUAAUCUUUUGAAGCAAGAUUACGAAAUGGCUAUGCAGAAGUUGAAUUCAACUAUGAGUUCCAUAAAAACAUUUUGGAGUCCUGAAUUGAAACGUGAAAGACAAUUGCGAAAGGAAGAAACAGCAAAACUUGCAGCUUUACAGAGACAAGCUAGACCUCAGAAUGGAUCUGGAUUCCGAGUUGCCGAGUUAGAGACAGAACUUGAAAACUGUCGAUGUGAGCUAGCUGAAAAGGAUGAAACGAUAAGGCGGCUUAUGGAACGUACAACUGCAGCUACAUAUCGUGAUGGUGGUAGUCGCAUGGCAGAUCUGGAAACACGAUGUAAUCAGUUAGAAUCGUUGCUUGAAAUCCGAGAAGAACAAAUUAGGUCAAUAGAACGACAUUUUUCUCAGUUACCAAUUGGAUCUUCUCAAGCUGCUAAGGACCAACGAAUAGCAGACCUAGAAGAUGAAAUUGAAAUGUUAAGAUCAGAACGGGCAGAACUUCCGCGCGAUUUCACUGAUAAAACUGUAACCCCUCAUGAGAUCAAUACACUUCGUAUGAAAAUGGAACGGAGUGAAUUGGAAUUGGUCCAAAAGGUAGCUGAGCUCUCCGCAGUACAGACACGGUUGCAAGCUGCAAUGGAAGCCAUCGAAGAUCUCAGGAAACGUGUUGAAGUUUUCCGUGAAUCAUCAACAGCAAAGGAAAAGCACGCAACGCUGUUGCAGUCAGAUAUCGAAGCACUGCGUGCUAAACUGGAAACCAAAAAUAUACUAAUAGAACAAAAAGAAAAAACUUCUGAACGGUUAGAAGCAGAUUUAACGGUCGAAAAGAACAGAGUGUCAGAUCUUCGCGAUAGCAAUAGAAAUUAUGAGCAAAAAAUCAGUCAGUUGUUGGCGCGGAUUGAUGCUGUGGAAAGUUUAUUGCGCGAAAAAGAAAAUGAGCUGGAAAAAGUUAAGCAAAAACUUCUGACAAAUCCGGACGUGCAAAAGGAAGGAGAGUUGCAGAUGCAGCUUGAUGAAGCUAAUAGGGAAAAACUGAGGAUGCAGUCGUUAAUUAAUGAGCUACGCCACAAUGCUGAGAAAGAAAAAGUGCAGCAGUUGGAAACAUUUCAAGCAGAAAAUCGGCAACUAAUAGCAACAAUCGAAAGUUUGCAGAAAGAGUUAGCCGAUCGAGAAGUACUACUGGAGUCACAAAGUGAAAAAAUAGGUGAUCUUGAUCAAGAAUUGGUAACGGCAGAACGGCAGUGCAAAGAUCGUGCACCACAACUUUCAAACGAUGAAGAGCUUGCUGAAGCGAGAAAAGAGAUUGAAUCUCUUCUUCGAAUGGUGCAAACACUUGAGAAAGAAAAGGCUUCUAUAAUUUCGCAUUGUAAACAGUUGCAAAGUAAAUUGGAAGAUAUUCACAAAGGUGAUGCUGCUUCGACAAUUGGUCAAACUCGACCUGACUUUUCUGCUCUCACAACCGAAGGAUCUCUUAAAUCUAGAGUGGAAGAACUAGAAGAAGCUUUGCGUGAGUCAGUAAGUAUAACGGCUGAAAGGGAGCUUCAUGUGGCCCAACAAAAGCAGCUUAGUCAGCAACUUGCUGCUCAAUUAACUGAAUGUCGCCGUGAAUUAAAUGAGCUUCGACGACAUGUGAAAAAAUUGACAAGCAAUGAACGGGAAGAAGUUUUGCGUUCCUUGGAAGUUGAAAAACGAAGGCAUAUCGAGCAGCUGCUGCAGCUAAAGCAUGAAGCGUUGGUAGCAGCGAUUGCCGAAAAAGAUGCUCACAUUGCGCUAUUGGAGCAAUCCAGGGAAAGACCACGAGAAGAAAUAGAGACACUGCGCCAUCAUAAAGAAAAAUUGAUGGAAAAAUUAAAAGAAGAAAAUGAACGUCGUGCUCAGCUUCUCAGUUGCACUAAUUUGAGCGUAGCCAACGAUCUCUCAAGAGAAGGCGGUCUUACUACAGUUACAACAAUCAGUGCCUCAGCAAGUCUUGCUACACCGCGACAACCUAUUACUGAUCAGGAAGACGAUGCGGAAGGUAUUUGGGCAUAG